CUGGUCAAAAUUUUAAUGAGAACGUCAUUGGAAUGACAGAUAUACUGUUGAAGAUUUGUAAGUUGAUUUAAUAUAAUUACAGUCUUUAAUUUGAUGAAAAGAGCUCUGAAGAAGUUAUCUAGUACUAAGAAACUAGUUAGGAGUGUAUUGUCAAAACCUUCAUCAUCAUCGCAUGAACCUACCACGCAAAAUUCAGAAGUACAGAUGAACGAAGAAGCAGAAUUGCUAAAGACAGAACUAGACGCACUGAAAGACCAAAUAGUGAAUCUGAAAGCAGCUAUUCAGGCUUUGCAGCGCGAAACGGAACAAAAAGAAAUAGCUAUUGCAAAUUUAGCUCGAGAAAAAGAAAAACUCGGUAUCGACCUAUUGAAGACAAAAAGGUCCAAUGUUAACUUGAGCCAGCAAUUGGAAGAUGAACGAAAGUAUUAUUUUAAAGAAAAAGAAAUAUACUGCAGGGAAAUGAAUGAAUGUAAGAAACUCAAGCGGGUUUUGAGUAGUUCCGUCACGAAUAGUGAGGAGAAAGGAACAGAAGAAUUCAAAUCGGAAAUUUUGAAAUUGAAACAAACUCUCAAUCAGACUCUGGAGGCAAAUUUCAAUUUGAGCAUAAAGUUUCUCCGAAUGAAAAAUACCAAAACUUGUUUAAAAACGGAGCUUCAGACUAUGAAGUUGGAACAUGAAAAACUGCAAAACGAUUAUAAAGGAAAAAUUGAAAAUUUAACUACGGAUUUGAAUGAUCUAGUGAACGAUAAGCUGAGUACACCGAUAUCCCCAAGUAGUAAGAAAUAUCUGCAGCUUGUCAAACAAAACGGUUGUCUGGUUUAUGAAAAUCUGUGCCUCCAACUGGAAGUGGACAAUUUGAAUUUGAAAUUAGAAAAACUGAAACUUGAGCGAACUCGAAGCGAAACCAAUAAUCAGUUACAUUACAUUCAUCAUGACAAAAUCAACAAAUAUGGGCGUAAACCCGAAAAAAAUCCGAGAAAAGUCAAAAUUCAAAACGAAACACCGGAAAAAUUGGAAAGAGAAAGCAAACCAUCAUGUAGUCGCAGCUAUUUUCAGGAAGACGAAAAAAUCGUUAAAAUAUAUGAGCGAAAAGAAAUUCCAGGCCUACCAAAUAUCAAAAUUAUCAAUGAAAGAAAUUUGAAAGAAAAGAAAAUGAAACGAAAAAAAGAAGUUAUGGUGCCAAAAACCGACAAAAUAAUUUCUGAUAAUGAUACUCGAGUUGAACAAGACAAAAAUGAGUGUAUUCCUGAGUAUCGGAUAAAUGUUGAUGAAAGUUGUAAAGAUAAAAUUGUCAGUAAGAAUUUGUCGAAGUUGGCACUGUUUCAAAUUUCGAAUGCCCAGUCAGUAGUUUCUAGUGAUUUUGUGUCCGUAGCAUCCAGUAUAAAAAGAAGUCAAUCAUCACCUGAUAUUCUGAUGAAUAAUGAAUUCAAACCAAUGGGCUGAAGCAAUUAUGUCACUUCUUGUUGGUAUAUUACUUUUUGGGUUAAGUUCUAACAUGAUCGGUACGAUGAUGUGCAUUGACCAGGUGCAUACUAAUUGUGUAGAGUUAUUUUUGUAUAAAUAAAUAUCCAGACCCUA